UUUUCACAAGAACAGCUGUUGAAGCAGAAAUAUUUAAGAAAUUCAUAGUUAGUUUGUCGGUAAAUUGGAGUUUUACAAAUCAAAUCAAGGGUCAGAAUAUAAUGGAGGCCGACCAGCCCAGCACCAGCAGCGUCAGCCUCAGCAUAGACAAUGAUCUAGCCGAUGAGGAUCUCGUAUUGAAUGAUGAGUCUGCUGAAAUAGCCCGACUGCAGCUGCCCGAAGAGGAUCAGCCACAAGAUAAGCUCGAACCGCUGGAGGAGGACGAGCGCAUUGCCAAGAUCGACUUCCGCUGCUCUGCCUGCGACAUGCACGAGCUCGUACACUACUUUGGACGCCAGCCGCCCUUUGCGCUUGGCAUUAAAUACCUCGAGGACACCUACGUAAUGCGCGAUCCCUUCCAGCCGCCACCGCCUCGCUGGCAGUCCAAGCCCGAGUACUACAUUGCGAUGGGCUCCAAAUGCAGCAGCUGCUCGAAGGUGGUGUGCAAAGAUGGUGCCUGUAGCUUCUACUACACAAGGACCGUUUGUCUGCCCUGUGGAAAGGCCGAGCUCAAGGAUUGGCCCGUGGAGGCACAGGCCCGUUUACGGAAACAGCUGGAGGACAAGGAUAAGUAGCCGCAGGUCUC